AUGGUACUAAAUGUGAUUCUUCUUGGUACGUACUCACAUUCCCCGCCCACACGUACGGAUUUGCUUUAUUCACUGCGUAAGCACUCGCAGCGCAGUUAUCAUGCCACCAGUUCCUAUUUGUGGACGGAGGACAAUCUCUUUAGCAAUCUUACACCUCUUUCUCUUCCGGAAACUUUGUUCUCUUCCGGUACUCACAGGUGUGGUUAUUACGCAUUCGAGGCUUAUUUAUCUUUAGGGGGGAACGAUGAAGAUACGCGAGUGACCGCCAUGAUGCUUUUGGACCUGACCGAAGCCAUUCAGGGAUUAACUGCAGCAGUAACGGAAAGUGAAGGCACGGUAAAGAGGGAGGAGGAGGAGGAGGAAGAAACGGAUGUGUUGCUGCUCGAACUUGCAGAUAUCAUCGAAAACUCUGAAGGAACACGUGGUGAAUACCUCAGUCGCUGGGGUGCAGAGGAAUAUGAUUAUCAUCAGAGAAUGGUUGGUCGUGUUAUUAUGAUGGGUGGUUCCGUUUUUGUUGUCCCCCUGCGACCUAAUGGUCAGUUGAGACCCCGUCAGAAGUCCCUAAAGCAGCAGUCCCUCCGUGAUAAAUGCUAUGAAAGGUUGGAACCUCUUCUUACAUUACUUGAAGUAGACGAUUCAGUACGGAAGCGUUUCCUUGAGGAGGAAAUGACGGAAGCGUUGCAAGUGUGGGCGCGCCGAGUGGCCUCCACUAUGCGUGAAGGGUCGUGGCACCUUGCUGUGGUUGCGGUUCCAGCACCCGUUGCCGAAUUGGUGGAUAAAAACCCAACACUUGCACGUGCUGCGCUGCUUCAUCAUACCGCUCGUCAGCCACUACAUUGGUUGCGGAAUGGUGCACUUGCCCCAACACAGUACUCCGGUGCAGAGAGUAUGGUGCGCGGUGUAGUUGAAGAAUACCGCAUGCUGACACAAAGUGGUUGCUAUGUGCGUGUUCCUCUGCGCAUUCCCCGUUACAUUUUCGCCCACCUACACUGUUCAGCAGCUCCACCAUCGCUCAUUUCGACGCCGCUUUGCGCUACGACAUAUUCUCUUCAGCAGCGUUCCGCAAGUGGUGGAGAUGAAAGUUGCGUCGCAGUUGAAGCAACAGAAGAGGAACUUCUUCAUGGACUCCAGCUCACAAUUGCACUACAGCGCCUGCGGAGGGAUGUAGCGGGGUCACAUGCAGCUGUGAUUGAAAGUUUUCUCAAAGAUGUGAAGAAAGGAGGUGGAGGAAACCUUCAAGAAAGCAAUGAAAGUGGUGAAGAUAUUUUCUCUCAGCGCUAUCUCUGCAACUUACGACGUAAAGUAAUGAAUGUACCGACACUUCGCAGUCACAGUACCAGUUGGCUCUACGCUUAUGCUCAGGAGGCAGAACGUCUGCAGACUCUUACAGGGGACGAUGUGAACCGAUUAGAUGAUUACUUAUUCAACGAUGGUGCAAGCGUUUGCAGCGGCAGUGACAAUACCACUGAGUCUAACGAAGAGGAGACGGGCCGCAGCCACGCGGUGUACCCCUCUGAGAGGGAUGAAACUGAUGUACUGCUGCAAUUGAAGGAAAUGGAACACAUCAUGGAGUUGAGUACUCGCGAAGCCGUGCUUGGUGGUUCUGGAGGUGAAAGGUCUGAGUUGAAGAAAGUUGCGAGCAAUGCACUUUUCCUUAACACAGUACACAUGCUUUCUCAGGAUUCGUCAUUGUGA